AACAGGCCCAUCCCUAUAGAGCGGGGGGGGGGGGGGGGGCUCUCCAGACUUGUCAUUCAAAGGGCCAGGGGGGCCGGAUUGUGGUCAGUGGGAGGAAUAGUGCCCCAUCAUUGGUGUCAGAGGGAGGAAUAGUGCCCCAUCAUUGGUGUCAGUGGGAGGAAUAGUGCCCCAUCAUUGGUGUCAGUGGGAGGAAUGGUGCCCCAUCAUUGGUGUCAGUGGGAGGAAUGGUGUCCCAUCAUUGGUGUCAGUGGAGGAAUAGUGCCCCAUCAUUGGUAUCAGUGAGGAGGAAUAGUGCACCAUUGUUGGUGUCAGUGGGAAGAAUAGUGCCCCAUCAUCGGUGUCAGUUUGGAGGAAUAGUGUCCCAACAUUGGUAUCAGUGGAGGAAUAGUGCCCCAUUGUUUGGUGUCAGUGGGAAGAAUAGUGCCCCAUCAUUGGUAUCAGUGGGAGGAAUAGUGCCCCAUUGUUGGUGUCAGUGGGAAGAAUAG